AUGGAGAAUGUUACUACAGUGAACGGGUUUCUCUUGCUGGAACUGACCUCCAUUCAUGAGCUGCAACCUAUCAUCUUUAUGGUCCUCUUGAUUAUAUACAUUACAGAUCUGCUUGGAAAUGGCUCCAUAUUAGUGGUUGUCAUCUCAGAGCCAAGGCUCUACUCCCCCAUGUAUUUUUUCCUGGGAAAUCUUUCCUGUCUGGAUAUCUGCUAUUCUUCAGUGACAGUGCCCAUGCUAAUGGCAAACCUCCUCUCCACUCACAAGGCCAUAUCUUUCCUAGGCUGCAUCACUCAGCUACACUUCUUCCAUUUUCUGGGUGGCACUGAGGCCAUCUUGUUGGCCAUCAUGGGCUUUGACCGAUUUGUGGCCAUCUGUUACCCACUUCGCUACCCUGUCAUCAUGAACCCCCAGGUGUAUCUUCUCUUGGCAGCCAUGGCCUGGAUCAUCAGCUUCUUUUACGCUCUGAUGCAUUCUGUCAUGACUGCACGCCUGAACUUUUGCCGCUCUCUGAAACUCAACUACUUCUUCUGUGAUGUGAAGCCCCUCUUGGAGUUGGCUUGUGGUGACAUACGGCUCAAUCAGUGGCUCAUUUUUAUUGUCACUGGCAGCUUAUCUAUGGCAGCAUGCUUCCUCACUUUCCUCUCCUACUUGUAUAUUAUCAGCUUUCUUCUGUUCAAGGAAGGGAACUGCCGUGUGCUCCACAAAGCUCUGUCCACGUGUGCCUCCCAUUUCAUGGUGGUAUCUCUGUUUUACGGAACUGUGGGGCUCACCUACAUCCCCCCUGCUUCUCCCACCUCUGUAUCACAGGGACGGUAUGUGGCUGUCAUACACACCACUGUCACUUCCCUGCUGAAUCCACUGAUAUACACCCUUAGGAAUAACGAAGUGAAGUUGGCUCUGAGGAGAGUCUUUGGGAGGAAACUGAAGCUGGCUGCCUGA